CAUCAUGAUCAUGCGACUAAGAGCACAAUCUAUGCACAAUACAUGCCGACCUGACCAACAAAUUUUCCUCGCUCCAUUGUUCUGGAAACAUGGUGCAACGCGUGUCGAAGAGCCAGCGAAGUACACGGCGUUCCGGUACAGUAUACCAAGAAACAACGAGCCGGCACCAACGUGUACACGUGUGCACCUUUGGAAUAAACUGCUAUAUAGUAUACGACCACAACCACACACCCAUAAUCAAACUUCCACUCUUCCCGACACAACAUCAAAACUUCCACCCCCCAUCCCAGAACUGUUCUGAAACUCUUACAUUGAACACAGCCCAAGAAAGUAAUCACCCAUCCUACGCAUCUACCAAGCGGAAAAUGUGUGAGUGGCAAGUUAUCCAAUUUCUAACAUGUCUCCACUACAAAAACCACUGUAUCCUGAGAUGCCAACUCAUGAGCGGUCGUCCUAGUUGGCAAGCCUGUGUCCCUCCAUCGAGCGACCAGCGAGAUCUGGCCCGCAGCCAUGACGAUCGAGAUGUCGUUGCCGGAAUGUGUCCAGUGUGCAGGGGGCUAACUCCACGCAGCUCUCGAGAUUUCAUGCAAGCUUAAGGACCAAGUCGAAGAAUUGAGAAGGAAAGACUUGAAAUGGUCAAGUAGCUUUUCACGACAUGGCUGGAACUCUGGGGGAAAGGAAAAAAGGUUUCCUCUGGUUUUUGCUGGAGAUGGGAAUGGAAAAAGGGUAUAUCUGCGAAUGUGCAAAUUAAUGCGAUGAUGUGUUGGAUAACGCUUGCAAGGAUAUAAUAAUGUCAAUCAAUGUGAAAUUCAAGUCUGCAAUUGCCGUAGACUCAAUUCACACCCAAUGUAUUCUUUUGAUUUUUACCUUCUAGUGAAAAUGUGC